AGCGUGAUGCAGCAGGACUCGCUUGAUAAUAAAGUCGAUACAUCCCCCCUCGCUCACAUACUCGUAUUCCCCUACACUUGAUCACACCCCAACUCCACACAAAGACACACGCACUUCCCCGUCUUACUCGCUACCAGCCCAACCUCUCUCUUGCUGGUCAAAGUACUCCCACCUGCUGAACCCCUCGCCGUUGAUCAUCAGCGCGACAGUCUCGAUCAUUCGAUCCCUCCUACCUGAUCUCAACCUAAGCACUACUCUAUAAUCUAUCGUCAUGUGGGUCUGGAAACGAGGAGGAACCAAGGAGCGUGUAGCGUUCGACAAGAUCACCGCCCGUAUCAAUAAGCUGUCUUACGGUCUGGAUAGCAAUUUCGUCGAGCCCAUCGAGAUCACCAAGAAGGUAGCGGCCGGUGUUCACCAAGGAGUGACCACCGUCGAAUUAGACAACCUCGCUGCGGAGACCGCUGCUUACCUGACGACCAAGCACCCGGACUAUGCUAUUCUCGCUGCGAGGAUCGCUAUUUCCAACUUGCACAAGGAGACCAAGAAGACGUUUAGUACCGUUGUGCACGACCUGUACACCUGGGUCAACCCCAAGAAUGGACGUGCGGCACCGAUGAUCUCGCAAGAGACUUACGAGGCUAUCAUGGAGAACAAGGACCUGCUCGAUAGCGCCAUCAUCUACGACCGUGAUUUCCAGUACAACUAUUUCGGUUUCAAGACGCUCGAGCGAUCUUACCUCCUCCGUAUCGAUGGCAAGAUUGCUGAACGACCUCAGCACAUGAUCAUGCGUGUCGCUGUUGGGAUCUGGGGAAAGAACGUCGACAAGGUCAUCGAGACUUACAACCUGAUGAGCGAGAGGUACUUUACCCAUGCUUCUCCCACUCUCUUCAACGCUGGUACCCCUCACCCGCAACUCUCGUCCUGCUUCUUGGUCGCCAUGAAGGACGACUCUAUCGACGGGAUCUACGACACCCUCAAGACGUGUGCCAUGAUCUCCAAGACGGCCGGUGGGAUCGGUCUCAACAUUCACAACAUUCGAGCCAAGGGUUCUUACAUCGCCGGAACCAACGGGUACUCGAACGGUAUCGUGCCCAUGUUGAGGGCUUACGACGCUACUGCCCGUUACGUCGACCAGGGUGGUAACAAGCGACCUGGUGCCUUUGCCAUUUAUCUUGAACCUUGGCACGCCGACGUCUUUGACUUCAUCGACCUCCGAAAGAACCACGGUAAAGAGGAAGUUCGAGCGCGAGACCUCUUUUACGCCCUCUGGAUCCCCGAUCUUUUCAUGCGACGUGUAGAGGCCGAUGGCGACUGGACCUUGAUGUGCCCCAACGAGUGCCCCGGUCUGGCCGACGUCCACGGUAAAAAGUUUGACGACUUGUACCAGAAGUACGAGAGUCAGGGCAAAGGGAAGAAGACGAUCAAGGCGCAAAAGCUUUGGUACGCCAUCUUGGACGCUCAGACCGAGACGGGGGGACCCUUCAUGUUGUACAAGGAUGCCGCCAAUGCCAAAUCGAACCAGCAAAAUUUGGGAACGAUCAAGUCGUCCAACUUGUGUACCGAAAUCAUCGAGUACUCGGCCCCCGACGAGGUCGCCGUCUGCAACUUGGCCUCGCUCGCCUUGCCCGCGUUCAUCAACAACGGACAGUACGACUUCAAGAAGCUGCACGCCGUCACCAAGGUCGUCACCAAGAACUUGAACAGGGUCAUUGAUGUCAACUACUACCCCGUCAUCGAGGCCAAGAACUCGAACAUGCGUCACCGACCCAUCGGUCUCGGUGUCCAGGGUCUCGCCGACACGUUCAUGGCCUUGCGAAUGGCUUUCGACGGUCCUGCUGCUCGUCAGCUCAACUUACAGAUCUUCGAGACCAUCUACCACGCCGCGCUCGAGUCGUCUUGCGAGAUGGCCCAGGAGGACGGUCACUACUCGUCUUACCCCGGUUCUCCCGCUUCCGAGGGUAGGUUGCAGUACGACCUCUGGGGAAUCACCCCUAGCAACCUCUGGGACUGGUCUUCGCUCAAGGCGGAUAUUGCCCAGCACGGUCUCCGAAACUCGCUCCUGGUCGCGCCCAUGCCAACCGCGUCGACGUCGCAGAUCUUGGGUUGGAACGAGUGUUUCGAGCCGUACACGAGCAACAUUUACACUCGAAGGGUCUUGGCUGGAGAGUUCCAGGUCGUUUGUCCCUGGUUGUUGAGGGAUCUCGUCAACAUGGGAUUGUGGGACGAUGACAUGAAGAACAGGAUCAUCGCCCACGGCGGUUCCGUCCAAAACAUCCCCGGCAUCCCGGCCGAACUCAAGGCGAUCUACAAGACCGUCUGGGAAAUCAGUCAGAAGGCCGUUAUCGACCUCGCCGCCGACCGAGGUGCCUUUAUCGACCAGUCUCAGUCGCUCAACAUCCACUUGACCAACCCUUCGAUGGGUCAGUUGACCUCGAUGCACUUUUACGGAUGGAAGAAGGGUCUCAAGACGGGAAUGUACUACUUGCGAACUCGACCGGCCGUCAACGCCAUUCAGUUUACUUUGGAUCACAGUCUUGUCAAGGAGGCCGAAGCCAGCAAGCGAGCAGCAAGAGCUUCCAAGCCUGCCGUCAUGGCACCGGCACCGGUCGCACCUCCCCCUCUCGCCUCGGUCCAGCCUUCGACGCCUCGAGCCGCAGGAACAUCGGCAUCCGCCAUCAACCCUGCGUUUGCCAAGCUCGCGCUCAACGAGGCACCUGUCGCUUCCCCUACCCCGUCGCAUUUGGGCAAGAUGUCGCCGCCUGCUAGCCUUAGCCCGUCAUCGCCUUCGCCUGCUUCGGACGGAGAGGACCUGAGUUAUGAGGAGGCCAAACGACGAGCAGAGGAGAGGGCCGAGGCGGCUCUUCAGUGCAGUAUCGACAACAAGGAGGCUUGUCUCAUGUGCUCCGGAUGAGCUAGCCUUGUGGAGGUCAUGCAUCGUGUUCUUUCUUGCCAUCGCUUCUUUCCGUCCUGUAGAACACAUCUUGUAUUCAUCUAGUUAGAUAUCUCUCGCACCCUUAGUAUCGUGUACUAGCUUCCCGCACGGAUGAUUAUAUAUUGACAGAUAUCUCCGACUCGGUUUGGAACGUGCCUAACACCUAGUGGCUCAACGCUCAUCUUGGCUUGUAUCUGAGCGUAUAACCGUCUGCAAGCAACGAUACUCUGA